AUGGCGACACCAUACACUCCCCUUCGGCCGGCCUCGCGCGCAACAAGAAGACACAAAAAUCUCGGUCUCUCAGCCAAACAGCUCAAUAAGGUCACUUCUACCAUCGCUUCAGCGCGUCGAGGGCUGCGGGAAGCCCACGGGCAGCACGACGAUGAGGAUGACGACGACCUGCGGGAAGAAGAACGCGAUGAGAUUGAACGGGAGGAGGCUGCAACAGCAGGGCCAAGCCGGUGGGCCGGGGCGGAGACCAGUUUUGCCGCUGAACCAUCUUUUCUGCAAGCACCCCUCAAUUCGCGCGUUCCGCCGCCGCCGGCAUUCGAUUCCCCUACAGCGAAUACGAAGGGCAAGUACCGAGAUGAAACGCAAGAUGCUACCAACCUGAAGGGUUUGAGCUUGGAGCUGCAAGAGGCGAUGGUGCUGGAGGAUCUGCUAUAUGUCAUGCUCGGAAUCGAGGGGAUGUUGAUUCGGUAUUCGCCCGAAAGCCCUCACGUGGAUGACCCUCUGGCAGGCGCAGUAUUUCUGUGCAAUGACACUCUUGACCCGAGCAUUAGAGAUCUCAUUAUGCGGUUAUUGCCAAUCGCAACCCAUUACACGGCACUGCAAGCUUUCAUUGCUGCUAAAAGUAUCGAAGGGUGUGGAUUCGUGAACCAUGCGCUGUGCGGUGCUCUGCGAUCUGUGCUCCAGGAGCAUAUAACCCUUGUAACUAGAUUGGAGAAUGCCUUUCUUAGUACGCCACGACCUGGGGAGCCUGGCCUAACCUUGCACUCUCUUAUGCCACACCUGGAACCAUCCGCGCGCACUCUAGCGCUACUAUAUACCCUCACCUCUUCCCUUCUACUUGAUCCAGCAAGCGCGGGGAGCUCCUCUUCUGACGAAGAGAGCGACGUAGACUCCGAGGAGGAGCGACGGAAUGCAGAACUUGGACUCGGCGGUAUUGGCAAUGUCAUCAAGGGGCUAGGGGGGGACCCGGAGGAGGAGGGUGAGGUGCUGGGAGGCGAGGUUAUUGCCAUUGUUUGGGAUUGUAUGCGCAGGAUGGCAGGGGAUCCUCUCACACCUGCCCUGCUCAACCCACUACUCGCCCGGCUCUCUACGCCGUAUGCCCGUACCCUUCUCGUCUGGGCCGAAUGCGGCCUUCUCACUGACCCCGAUAACGAGUUCUUCGUCCGCUCUCAACCGUACCUUGCACCAUCCUUCCUCGAGCGAGAUUACACAGAUGAGUAUUGGGACAGGAGGUAUACGUUGAGGGACGGCACGCCUACAGAACCUGGGCAGAAGGAGAAGAUGACUACAGGGGUUCCGCUACCAAGGGCGAACACUGGUCGACUACCUGGUGGCGCCUGUGUGCCUGAGUUCUUAGAUAGAUGGAAGCGGAAGGUGCUGCUAGCCGGCAAGUAUGUGAAUGUGAUCCGAGAAUGUGGAAGAGAUGUUGGAACAAGGCGGGAGGACUGGGAGGGCGGGAUGGACUGCGAACCAUUUUAUAAGCGCAUCGAGGACGCGUAUCAGCAUGCGAAUCGCACACUGCUAAUGCUGCUGGUUGAAGACCAACAGCUUAUACCGCGCCUGCGCUCGCUGAAGCGCUACUUCUUCCUUUCUCAAUCCGGCUUCUUCAGCCACUUCCUUGACCUCUCUAUGUCCGAUCUGAAGAAACCGUCUCGAACCGUCUCGCUACCGAAGCUGCAGGCUCUGUUGGAAGUUGCAAUGAACUUGCCGGAUGAAGGUGUCGGUGGGUUCAGGGAAGAUGUGAAGCUCACGAUGGCCCGGGAGGGCCUCUACGACUGGCUGCUCAAGGUCGUUGCUGUCAGUGGUGACCUUGGCUCCAUUGGCGGCAGUGCGGUGCACAGUGAGAAGGACAAGGAGAAAGAUAGCAAAGACAAGAAAGACCGGCUGAUAGCGAUGGAUGCCCUAACAUUAGAUUAUGCGGUCACCUUUCCACUGUCGCUCGUCAUCUCCCGGAAGACGCUCCUUCGAUAUCAGCUAUUAUUCCGUUUUCUGCUACACCUUAAAGUGACGGAACAUGCUCUACUCGGUAUGUGGACAGAUCAAUUGCAGCCUGUCUGGCGCUCUCUUCCUCUUGUAGAGGCAUCGGAGCACGAAGCGUGGCGCAGACGCGUUUUCAACCUGCGUGCUAGGAUGUUAGCGUUCGUCCAGCAAGUCAUGGCGUACGCAACAACGGAAGUGCUUGAGCCUAAUUGGCGCAAGCUGGAAGCAUCACUCGACAAGGUCUCGACGGUCGAUCAGCUAUUGAAGGACCAUGUCGACUUCCUAGACACCUGCUUGAAGGAGUGUAUGCUGACCAGCUCGAAGCUGUUGAAGGUGUACUCACGGCUUCUCCUGACCUGUUCAACUUUUGCGAAUUACUCGUCAAACUUCAGUAAAUGGGCUGCAAAGGGCGAACAGGAUAUGCAAAAGCGAUGGGAAUUCUUCCAAAAAUUUGAGGCCAAUUACAACCAUUCAUUCCAAGUUUGCAUGGACUGCUUACAAUUCUAUGCCUCAAGUGAAAAUACCGCUCUCCUUAGUCUAGUGGUACGGCUCGGCAACAAUGGCGCAAGAAGCCAGGGUAGCUAA